AUGUGCUUGUUUUGUGUUUUUUUGCAGGUCAACUUUGUGACAUGUCAGUUGUUUGCUCUUGGUGUCGCUGUUUGGUUCCGUACCUACCUGAGCGCAAGCCAUGCACAUGCUACUGUGCGCCAUGCUUUCGCCACCAUCAUUGGCGUUUACCUGGCAGUAUUUUGCUUUGGAUGGUACUCUGUGCACAUAUUUACCUUGGUACUUGUUUGCUACUUCAUCAUGGUGAAUGCAAGUCGGGAAAAAGUUCACAGGUACUGCUUUACAACUGCCAUGAGUUAUCUGAUAUUGUGCCAGAUUAACAGAGUGUACAUAUUCAACUAUGGCAUCCUUACUACGGACUUCUCUGGGCCAUUGAUGAUUGUUACUCAGAAAAUCACAACACUGGCCUUCCAGUUACAUGAUGGGUAUAAUAAUUUAGACAACACAUAUAUACAUAGAAACCAAUUUUCUAUUUUCUGCAGGAAAAUACCAACUCUCUUGGAAUACCUUAGCUACCACCUGAAUUUUAUGAGUGUCCUAGCUGGUCCCUGCAGCAAUUUCCAGGACUACAUUGCCUUUAUUGAAGGAAGUCACAUACGAUCAAAGUUAAAGGAAGUCGGCUUGAAAGAAAAACGCCUUGUGUCAGAUCCUUCCCCAAAUAAAGUUGUUUUACACAGGAUUUGCAUAUGUGUGGUAUCACUCAUUCUUUUCCUGACCAUAAGUAAGGCUUUCCCUAUUGCCUAUAUUGUGGAUGAUACUUUCAUUAAUGAAUAUUCGUUUUUGACAAGACUAUGCUACCUUUACAUUGCUGCAAUGGCUAACAAACCUAAGUACUAUUUUGCAUGGACUCUGGCUGAUGCCGUGAACAAUGCUGCAGGAUAUGGUUUCAGUGGGGUGGAUGAGAAAGGCAAUCCCCAGUGGGAUUUAAUAAAUAAUCUCAACAUAUGGAACAUUGAGAUGGCUUCAAGUUUUAAAAUGUACAUAGACAACUGGAAUAUCCAGACAGCAGUUUGGUUGAAAAGAGUCUGUUAUGACAGAGCUCCAAAGUAUCGCACAGCUUUAACAUUUCUCCUCUCUGCACUGUGGCAUGGUGUUUAUCCUGGAUACUACUUCACCUUUAUCACCGGUAUUCCUGUGAUGCUGGCUGCAAGAGCAGUAAGAAAUAAUUUCCGUCACUACUUACUUCAUUACUUCGAAAAUGCGUAAACUUGGGUAUGACAUCAUCACGUGGAUUGUGACCCAGCUGGCCAUCUCCUACACUUGUGCACCUUUUUUCUUGCUGGCCAUGGAACCUACCCUUAAAAUGUACAAGUCAUUCUAUUUUUACUUCCAUAUUGCUGUUAUUAUUGUGCUUUUUGUUCUGCCCAACAAGCCAUCAAAGGACAGACAACGAUAUUACUCUAAAAAGACUCCUUUAUCCACAACCAAUCAUUUGGAAGAAAAGGAACCCUUCAAGCACAUGAACAAUAACUCCAGAUGA